AUUAUUCCUCUCUUUCUUUUUCUCCAACUUUGGACUAUUUCUUUUCCCUUCUUUUUUACUCUCUUUCCUUGAGCUGCUGUUUUUUUGUCGGCUUUAGCUUGUAAUUUUUUUGUUUCUAUUUUGGUUCAUUUGAACAUCAGCGGAUGCUGCUUUUAUAAUGGACUCAUCGUCCGUAUACCCUUUUUCCGCCAACGCUCCAUUCCGCCAACCCAUUGUAAUUAUACACAUUGCUUCGAUGGCUACUGGUUUCCUCGGAUUUUAUCCAUUCGCCUUGAUCCAAGGCAUUCGUCGCCAUCGCAAAUGGCAUUUCGUUACCGUGAUUACCGGCACGCUAUUUGCCCUGAUAGGAUUGGUCACAGGCUGGUUGAUCCGCGCCGACACGGUCACUUUUGAAACACUACUACUACGGAUUUUGGGAUCGGCUUUAUUCGUAUUGCUGUUGCUGCAAAUCACUUUGGGAGUAUAUAAAGCGGUUGUUUCCAAAGGAUUACUCGAAUCGCCUUCAUAUUAUUCCAAGCUGUCGUUCAUAGGUCAAUGGCUAAGCUGUUUACCUGCAUAUACACAUCUGGGGUUAGGCUGGUGUAUCCUUUUCGUCGCUUACGGAUACAUGGUUGGCUGUCUGCUGUUCUUCACAGAAAAUGUGACCAGUGCAACCUUGCUGUGUAUAGCUAUAGGAAGCGGGUUUCUUGGCUACGGUAUGGUUGCAUUGCUGCAUUUGAUGAAUAUCUUCAAAUUACCACGUGCAUCCACGCCUGAAUAUUAUGAAGGACUGCUCAUGACCUUGUGGGGAAUCAUCACUCUGUUGAAUGCAAACGUUCCGAUCCUGGGUUCCGAUUGGUGCGCUCUGAAUUUAGGGCUUCUCUGGCUUACCGGCGGGAUUUUCUCUGUUACCCUUAGUAUGCAAACAUGGAUGACAGCACUGCGAGAACGAAAUAUUCUCAACGCCAUUAUUAUAUGUUUCACAGGCAAAGCCAUUUUGGCAGGGUCCAACAAUGACGAAUACGCCGUAACCGUGCAUACCAUGUUGGGUUCUAUGAUGAUGAUAGGCGCGGUGGCACGCAUCUUCCAAAUCAUAUUUCGACGCUCACCAGCGGAUAAUUUGCCACGACUGAUUUCACGCGCUUCAGGCUCCGUCGAUCCCAACGAUGCCGAGGAACUGUACGAAGACGAUGACGAGGAUGAGGUGGACCCUAACCGACGGGCCAAUAUCUAUCGUUCGACUUAUCAACAGUUAACGGGACAACAUAUUGCUUCGUGCAAGCAUACCUCGGUAUUUGCAUCCAUUACCGUGGCUUGCGGAUUAUUAGCUGCUCUCAUGGCCAUGACGAGCGGGUUUUUAUUUAUAGGCGCCAGUGCCGAUUGGAUCGCUCACAUGCACUACUACCUCCCCGAUCCCAUCACCUACGUUAACAUCGUCGUCGCGUUAGCAUUUUUGUGGGGGGCCUACAUCAUGGCCUUGUGCACAAUCUACAAAACGACGCGGACCGUGCCUCCGGUGUACGAAUACCUAAGCAUGACCGAGGUCGGCCUUCCAUCUACCGUGCAGGAUGUCAGCGCAUUGGAUAUCGCCACCUGUCAGCGUGAAACGGCCGCAUCGGGAUUGUCACGCAGCCGAUCGCUCCCUUCCCGAGGAUCAUCCCAUCGUCAGGACAGUAUCGAACAACGAACCAUGCGUCCGUCACAGUACCGUGCCAAACGACGGUCAUUACUCGUAAGCUCUCCGACGAACCAUCGCGAUACCAUCUUAUCCGCACACAAAGGCAACCGUGCACGUUCAUCUUCUUGUUUCGGGGUAGGUGGUGUCCUGCCUGAUGAGCUGCACCACGCAUACGCAAUUUCCGAUUCGUCUGGUCCAUGCCGGUCGUGGUUGUCCAACGGAUCGGCUACAUCGGCCGCCAGUGCGGUUUCUUCGGUUUCCUUUGCUUCUUCUCUGUCGACCGAUUCUCCGCAACGAGCGUCGCUCUACACUGAUUACAACCACGUUACCAGUCCUGCCGAAGACUCAUUCCCGGAUCAUCAGCUGUCGCAAGCUUACAUGCGCAAGACCGAAAGUGGCAGGCGUAAAGAGCGGCAGCACCAAAUGAAAACCACAAAGCCCCAUUCCCAGUAUUCUCAUGUUACAGGAGCCGAAGACGCACAUAGUAGCAACAACAGCAGCAGUAGCAGUUUUUCCGAAUCCGGCUCCAUAGGUAAAUACUAUGCCACUGAACGGAAUAGCAGUGAUAGUCAUGUUUGUCAAUAAGUUUUUCUUUAUAUACCAAUGCAUUUUCAAUGUAAUUAAAAAAAUUGUUCAUUUUUUGCUUGUUUUCCCUGAAUUCUUUUUCUACAGUGUAACUAGGUUUUUUUUUUUUUUUUUUU